CUACACAAAUACACCCACACAGAUUCAUCUCAGAAGUUGUGGGGAGCACAACUGUGCUACUGAGUUUACAUUUUUGUAAAGCCUGCAUGUUAAGGAUUAUUGUAGAGAUUCCUUCAUUCCUCAGUGUUUAGGUUUUUUUCAUUCUUCUACUUCAUUUUUUUGGAGGCAACAAUUAGGAGAUGACUAGGAACAUGACUUUGUCUGGACUAUCGAUUUUUGUUCUGGCUUUAUUCUGCUUCUUUUCUGUCAGUAGCAGGCCGACAAGUGUCCACCUGCGUAACAUGGACAGCUUCAUCCGAGCUGUGCGGCAGGUUGAAGACUCCAACCGUGGUCUGUCCCCGCUGGCUCUGCUCAGGGCCCUGCGCAGGACUGCUGGCCAUGAUGAUGCGAUGACAAUCCAUUUCUUGGGUGCAUCGUAUAAUCUCACUGAUGCUGAGGUCCUAGAGACAGCCAUUCUCAAUGCCUCGUCCUUCAGCUUUUUUGACAAGGCUAUCCACCACAUUGUGACAGACCAUGGAGAGGAAAGAGGGGUGAUUCUCGCUCCAGAUGGCACCACGGUAGCUCUUGCGCCUUUACUGCUAGGAAUCGAGCUAGGACUGAAAGCAAAGAUGGAGGGGACGCCAGCUGCGGGAAUCUUCCCUCUCACCUUAGGCAGGACGCUGGGCCUGUCCUUCCUCAGCCUCCAGGACUUCACGCCAUCUCAUCGCCUGGGGCCUAACGGGUGCUGGGACAGUGUGGACCACCCUAAGAUGUUCAAGCUGUCUCGGCCUGCCACUCUGGCCACUGAUGCUGUGAUUAAUGGGGGCAUGGAUGGAGCUAUACUGGGCACGGACCUCAGCAACCUAAGUGGAUCUGCGCAGGCCCUCAGUGAGAUUUUGAAAGGAUACUAUAGUUUUACUUUGCAUGAGGGACAGGGUCUUGAUGCUGUGACCAGCCAUAUUAGUCCAAGGCGAAGGGAGCUCUCUAGAUCCAUUCUGGAGCCACUUGAUCUUUACAGCCAGGUGAUGGAGACACUAGCAUUGGUCUGGAAGUUGGAGAGGACAGAAUGGAUUGCUAUGGACACUGGAGUGGGGAAGGCGGUGAAGGAUGGAUUGCGGGCGUUCGUGCACAAGUACUGGGACUGCCCUCAAAUCAUCCCUCGCUGUCAGUGGGGGGCAAAAGCCUACCAGGGUACACCUAUCCCGCUGUCUCUGCCCCUCCAAUUUCUGUAUGUUCACCACACCUAUGAGCCAUCCUCGCCCUGUUUGUCCUUCCCAAAGUGCUCUAGCGACAUGAGAGCCAUGCAGCGUUUCCACCAGGAAGACCGUCGUUGGGGCGACAUAGGAUACAGCUUUGUGGUCGGCUCUGACGGCUACAUCUAUGAGGGCAGAGGUUGGAACCACCUCGGCACUCACACCAGGGGGCACAAUGACAUUGGGUAUGGCGUGUCUAUCAUUGGUAACUACACUGCCACCCUGCCGUCUCGCCAUGCAAUGGACCUGUUGCGCCAUCGUCUAGUGCAAUGUGCAGUAGAUGGAGGAGGACUGGCUUCAAACUUCACCCUCCAUGGCCACAGACAGGUGGUGAACUACACCUCCUGCCCUGGAGAUGCCUUCUUUUCAGAAAUAAGAAGCUGGGAACACUUCGGGGAAUGACAGGGAUUCUUAAACGCCGUUAAUGGUUCUUCAUGGAAAUGGAUUCCUCAAAAACAGAACAAUAAAGAGGCUGGCCAACUGUAAUAAAUAUGAUUGUUUCUAUUA